AGCAGUAGUAGUAGUGUUGUUGUUAGAGUACGACUCACUCACUGCUAAAAAAGUUUUACAACGGAACUAGCGAAUAAGCUAUUUUUCAAAGUGACCCCUAAUGUUUUCUCUUUAUUCUAAUUUCACUCCCUUUUCUUUUAUAAACUCCAUAAUUUUCCCUGUUUGUUUUCUCUUUCCUCUGUCACUAUCCGUUGCGAACCCAAACGGCUCUCUCACUCGAUCGACAUUUUUCUCCUUCUCUCUGAAGCUCUUCUCUCUCUCUCUCUUUACGAAUCCCGAUAUGAGCCACGGGUGGUUAUGGUUAUGAAUAAUCCUGCAAACAACAACAACAACAACUCAGUUGCAGCAUCUGUGUCAUCAGCCUUAGCCUUAGCUCUAGCUCCGCCGCCACAUCCGCCGCAGCCACACCGUCCUUCCACUUCUUGUGAUCGCCACCCCGAUGAGCGUUUCACUGGAUUCUGCCCUUCUUGUCUCUUCGACCGUCUCUCUGGUCUAGACAUCACAACCGGGAAGAGCACCGCCGUCUCCGUCGCGUCUUCUUCAAGGAAACCGCCGUCGUCUUCCGCCGCUCUUAAAGCAAUCUUCAAACCCUCCUCCUCCUCCGGGUCGUUGUUCCAGGAACUUCGGAGGACGAAAUCGUUCUCGGCGACAAAGGCCGAAGCUUUAACCUUUGAGCCACAGAGAAGAUCUUGUGAUGUUAGGGUUAGGAACACUCUUUGGUCUCUGUUUCACGAAGAGGAGCAUAAUAAUUCUCAAAACAGAGAGGGUUUAUUAAGUGAGAUUGAUCUCGAAAACGCCAAUUCCGUAUUAAAGUCGCCUCUUUUCGAGGAGGAAACUGAAAUUGAAAUCGUAAAGGACAUUCAUGAAGAUGUACAAAGAAAGUGUAUUUUGGAGCCAAAUAAGUCAAUAAUUAGCAAUAUAAUGGAAGACACACAAGAAGAGAAGAUUGAGAAAGUGAAGGACUUUGAAAUGGAGUUUAAUCCACAGACGACUAAGAAGCCAAACAGAGACUUCAAAGAGAUUGCUGGGAGUUUCUGGUCAGCGGCGUCAGUGUUUAGCAAGAAACUGCAGAAAUGGAGACAAAAGCAGAAGCUUAAGAAGCAUAGAGCCGGCAAUCUCGGAGCUGGAUCCGCCGCGUUACCGGUAGAGAAGUCAAUUGGGGGACAGCUUAGAGAUACACAGUCUGAAAUUGCUGAGUAUGGUUACGGGAGGAGAUCGUGUGACACAGAUCCAAGAUUCUCAAUUGACGCCGGAAGAUUCUCAAUUGACGCCGGUAGAGUUUCGGUGGAUGACCCUCGUUACUCGUUUGAUGAGCCGCGUGCUUCUUGGGAUGGGUAUAUGAUCGGGAGAACAGGUGCUCCGCCGCGAAUGACUUCGAUGUUGUCUGUAGUUGAAGAUUCUCCGGUGAGGAAUCAUGUUCUCCGGUCAGAUACUCACAUUCCGGUGGAAAAGCCUCCACCUUCUCCACCACUACUGGUACCAGGACCUGUGAUGGAUGAGAUUGUUCCUGGUGGAUCUGCACAGACACGAGAGUACUACUUAGACUCAUCUUCAAGACGGAGGAAGAGUCUUGACCGUUGUAGCUCCACCAGGAAGUUAUCAGCCUCUGUUGUGGCUGAGAUCAAUGAAAUGAAACUGUCAAAAGAGUCGAUUUCACAUUCGCAUUCGCAUUCACAUUCAGUGAGAGAUGAUUGCUCUGUUGAGAACACUGAGAUGGGUGUCCGAGAAAAUGUAGGGACUACUAUGGAAUGCAACAAGAAGGGGACGAAGAAACCUCGAUGGAGUUGGAACUUAUUCGGGCUGCUUCAUCGAAAAAACGGGAACAAAUUCGAAGAAGAAGAAGGAAGAAGCGGUGUGGAUCGAACGUUUUCAGGGUCGUGGAAUGUAGAAUCAAGAAAAGGGUUUGAUCCGAAGAUGAUUAGGAGCAAUAGUAGUGUGAGUUGGAGAAGUUCUGGUACCAAUGGAGGAGGGUUUCAAAGGAGUAGUGUGGAUGGAUGUGUUAGUGGGAAGAAGAAGGUUAGUAAGAUUGAGAAUGGAAUGCUCAAGCUUUACUUGACGCCGAGUAAAGGAAGGCGGCGAGGAAGCAGCAAUUCGACAACUAACCGGCCUGUUCCGGCUUCUCAACCUUUUGGUAGUAGAAAUGUUAUGAACUUUUACUGACAACAUUGUAAUGGACUCUCGAGUCAUUUUUUUUUAGAUUGGUAAUUGGGAAUAAGUUUGGUAGUGAAGUUGAAUUUGACAACAACAUGUUCAAGUAUUCUUCAUUUGCUCAGUCUUAUAACUUUUAGUUCAAUGUUAAUCAAUCUUCUUUGGUAAUGGGAU